AUGGGCCUGGCGUUCAGUGCCAUGGCGUUCAAGAUGCUCUAUCUGCAGGAGCCUUCUGCGGGCGGCUUUGGCCUUGGGGGCGCCGAGAGUGCCCGCCUGCGGACGGUGGCCCUGGUUCCUUGGAGCAUCAAGCCACUCAUGGGCAUGCUGUCGGACGCUCUGCCUUUGUUCGGCUACCGUCGUACCUCGUACCUCAUUGUUGCCGCUCUGUGUGGCGUCGUUGCCUUUGGCGUCGUGGGUUUCUUGCCGCUUGGUCCCCGGCAGAAUGUGCCUUUCCUGUUUCUGACUUACGUUUCCGCCGCCGGGCCCGACGUAUUGGUUGAUGCCGUCACAUGCGAGCUCUCCAAGAAUGCGCCUUCCCACGCCUCCGACUUGCAGGCUCUCUCUUGGGGCUCGCUCGCGGUUGGAGGCAUCAUUGCUGCACCCUUGGUCGGUUGGCUCGCGGAGCAGUUGGCGCCGAGAGUCCUUUUUAUGAUUUGCAUAAUCUUCCCCCUCUCGAUCCUCCUUCCUGGCUGUCUCGGCUGCCUCCAGGACGCACGAGUCCCUAGUCGCGACCGUAUGUGCAAUGGGCGAUGGUUCAGGGAGAACCCUGCCCUGGCCAUGAGCGCGGCUUGCCUAUCGGUGGUGUCUUUCAGCCUGUCAGGGCUGCAACUCUUUGUGACGAGCUUUCUUGUGCGCGGGGUUGUCACAGUAGUCGCUGGGCUGGUGAUGAUCAUUUGCGCGUUCGUAACGUUACGCCGCAUAUCGUUCAUGCUCGCCAAGGUCGCCGUGUUCAUUUUCGCGCGCGAGGCACUCCAGCCGUACGUGAGUGACGCAUUGUUCCAGUGGCAGAGGAAGCACCCAGAGGGGCCUCAGUUCAGUACUUCGUUUCUGGGCGUCGCUGACAUGUUCGGAUACUUGGGGCUGCUCGCGGGAGUGGUGAUCUAUAAUAACUUUCUGACUGGCAUCUCAUUUAGGAAGAUUUUCGCGUUCGCGCAGGUCUGCCUGGUGAUUUCCAACCUUGGCGACUACGUGAUGGUGAGGCGCUGGCAUCUGAGCUUGGGAAUCCCUGAUCACAUCUUUCUUCUAGGCGACGAGGCCUUCACCGAGUGUAUGCGCCGGUUCUUCGUCAUGCCCAUGCUAGUGUUGGCCGCGAAAGUGUGCCCGAAGGACACGGAAGCCACGCUUUUCGCCAUGCUGAUGGCUUUCUCCAACUUCGGUUCAUCCAUAGGACAGUUCCUCGGAUCCACGUUGCUCGAGUUCCUUGGUGUCGUUGACUGCUACGCGGACAUGGCCCUCGAAGCCCCGCGCGCCUUGAGCGAGGAGGAGUAUGUGAAGAAGGGCUGUGGCAAUCUCGACAAGGCCAUAUUGGUCAAAGCUCUGUGCCGUGCAUUGCCCCUGUUGAUCAUUCCAAUCCUCGUCCCCGAUGGUACGCCAGACGGCCCCGCAGACGACGACCCCAACGCUUGCGAGAGGAGCAGCGAAGAGGAUGAUACAAGUAGCGAGAUGGACUGA